ACACGUGACUGGUGGCGGAAGUCGAGUCUAAUUAGAAGUUGACCUCAAAAGCAUGAGAAAUGCAUGCUUGUAGGCCAUGUAGUGUAAUAGUGUCACUGUGAGUGAUUUAAUUUAUGAAACGUGAAUGUACUCGUUGUUCUAAUGGAUCCUAACCUGUUGUACUGGAAAGCAGAGGGACAGUCUUUCCUCCGUCGACUCAAGAUCUGGGUUAAUCUCCUUAAUCCAACCCUCCUGCUCUCAUCUGACCCUGAGAUACAAAAGGCUCACUCUCUCCUUGGAAGCGGAGAAAAAUUAAAUGAAAAGGAUGAAGCUGCACUGACCAUCUCACUUUCAUCUGUCCACGCUGAUUCUGGGGCUGCUCUUCCCCUAAUUUUUCGGCCGCCAGCAUUUCUUCCUAUAUCAGGACCUUUGGUUGUUGCCAGUCUUUUGCCACACAGCACUGUGAAACCUGCUCUGUUUUGGCAGUUUCUGCUGCAGAGUUACAGUGCUGGGUUCAAUUAUGCAAACAGAAAUUCUUCAUCAGAGCAGCACCAGGGGUACAACAUUUCUCUGAAGCAGCUUCUGUUGAUCACUGGUACAGUCUCCUAUACAACAUGUGCAGGGGCCCUCCCUCAGAUUUUUAUCAACAGACUAGGUUUAAGAAGCUCAGCAGUGCAGACUUUCUUUAGGUCAAUAUUACCAAUCCCUCUCUCAGCUACUCUGGCCUUCUUCAAUGUGUUAACUGUCAGAAGUGAGGAGUCAGAAACUGGCAUCCAAGUGUUUGAUCACAAUGGAAAUCCUGUUGGCAUGUCCAAAGCAGCAGGAGAAAAGGCUGUGUGGGAGACUGCCUUGUCAAGAGCGGCACUAUUCGGUAUGACCGCCGCCAUUCCUAAUCUGCUGGUGCUACUCAUGAAAAGGGUGAGAUCUUUCCAGAGGAACUCUCUGCUUGUCGCUCCUCUCCGACACAUAAGCGCCGCGCUCGUCCUUGGCCUGAUGAUUCCCGUUUCAUUCAGUCUCUUUCCACAGCUGGGAACGAUAAAGAGGGAGCAGUUGGAGGAGGAGCUGCAGGCUGCAGCAGUUGGGAGACAUUUAUUCUACCACAGAGGACUCUGAAAAGCAGCUUUAGAUAGAUAGAAGACACACAAUCCACUGACACAUGUUCCACAAACUGCAGAGAGCAUGACAGGAACAACCCCCACACCACACACGCUCCCCCACCCCCACACACCCCAAAAUAAAGAGUUUAUUUCAAGCAACA